UUUGUCUGCAGUGCCUCGUUUGCCGUCGACAGCGCGGAAGGGCCUCUGUGGGUCCGUUGGCGGGAAGCAGCGGACAGGGUCUAUUGUCUGUGUUGGACUCCGGGGCUCGGUCCGAAGCCCCCGGGAGCUCUUCCGGGGUACCCGCAGAAGCACCCCACCCCUCCCCUUCGUCCCCGGGCCCGGGAGGGACCGAGCCCGCGUCACGCCCCUCAGCGCUCGCCGUCCCCUUCUCUGUGGUUGCGUCCGCCUCGUGUCCCCCGGAAUCGGACGGUACCCCAUAGAUGGCCAGCUUUCCCCCGAGGGUCAACGAGAAAGAGAUCGUGAGAUCACGCACUAUAGGUGAACUUUUAGCUCCAGCAGCUCCUUUUGACAAGAAAUGUGGUCGUGAGAAUUGGACCGUUGCUUUUGCUCCAGAUGGUUCAUACUUUGCUUGGUCGCAAGGACAUCGUACAGUAAAGCUUGUUCCGUGGUCCCAGUGCCUUAGGAACUUUCUCCUGCAUGGCACCAAGAAUGUUACCAGUUCAAGUAGUUUAAGAUUGUCAAGACAAAAUAGUGAUGGUGGUCAGAAAAAUAAACCUCGUGAACAUAUUAUAGACUGUGGAGAUAUCGUCUGGAGUCUUGCUUUUGGAUCUUCAGUUCCUGAAAAACAGAGUCGCUGUGUGAAUAUAGAAUGGCAUCGAUUCAGAUUUGGGCAGGAUCAGCUGCUUCUUGCCACAGGGUUAAGCAAUGGACGUAUCAAAAUAUGGGAUGUAUAUACAGGAAAGCUCCUCCUUAACUUGGUUGAUCAUACUGAAGUGGUCAGAGAUUUAACUUUUGCUCCAGAUGGGAGCUUGAUCUUAGUGUCAGCUUCAAGAGACAAAACUCUCAGAGUGUGGGACCUGAAAGAUGAUGGAAACAUGAUGAAAGUGUUGAGGGGGCAUCAGAACUGGGUGUACAGCUGUGCAUUCUCGCCCGACUCUUCCAUGCUGUGUUCAGUUGGAGCCAGUAAAGCAGUUUUCCUUUGGAAUAUGGAUACAUAUACCAUGAUACGGAAACUAGAAGGACAUUACCAUGAUGUUGUAGCUUGUGACUUUUCUCCUGAUGGAGCAUUGCUGGCUACUGCAUCUUACGAUACUCGAGUAUAUAUCUGGGAUCCAUACAAUGGAGAAAUUCUGAUGGAAUUUGGGCACCUGUUUCCCCCUCCUACUCCAAUAUUUGCUGGAGGAGCAAAUGACCGAUGGGUACGAUCUGUGUCUUUUAGUCAUGAUGGACUGCAUAUUGCAAGCCUUGCUGAUGAUAAAAUGGUGAGGUUCUGGAGAAUUGAUGAAGAUCUUCCAGUACAAGUGGCCCCUUUGAGCAAUGGUCUUUGCUGUGCCUUUUCUACUGAUGGUAGUGUUUUAGCUGCUGGCACUCAGGAUGGAAGUGUGUAUUUCUGGGCCACUCCAAGGCAGGUCCCUAGCCUUCAACAUCUGUGUCGCAUGUCCAUCCGAAGAGUGAUGCCCACCCAAGAAGUGCAGGAACUGCCCAUUCCUUCCAAAGUCUUGGAGUUUCUCUCCUAUCGUAUUUAGGAGACUCUGCUUUCCCUAGUACCGGGGACAGACAGAAUACACUUCACACAACCUCAGCUUUACUUCAGUUUUAUUCUUAAAGAUUUCAGAGAUUUAUUUAAUUUGAUGCAUUCAUGUAUUGCAUUUUUAUCAGUGUAGCUUUUAAAAUAUUAUUUAUAGUCUGUAGAAGAAGUAUUUCUGAACAUAUCAAAUGUAAUUUUUUUAAGGUCUAACUGUGAAAACUUAUACAUACAUGUAUAUAUUUAGAUAGAAGCUACUAUGAGUUAAAUGGACUCUGGCUUUUCUCAUUUUUAGUUCUGAUGUGUAUAUAGUACUUCAGUAGAGCCACACUAUAUGUCUUUGCUGUAAAGGGGAAGGAAUUGUUUUGUUCUGGAACAAUGAGUUGGAAGGUAAAUAUGGACUGAAGAAGGCAGAAUCGCCUCACAGAAAAUGUAUUUGUUGUGGGUGUUGCAUGUCUGGCUGAUCUGCGAGUGAAGGUUCUGUGUAGGAAAAGAUUUUGUUUUUCUUAGGAAUGGCGACUGAGAGGUGGAGUUUGACUAUGACGUUGUGUUUUAACAAACAGAGCCAAGAGAUAACCUGAAAAGGGGUGCCCUCCUCCAGCCCCCAGUACUGCAGUGGGCUCAAUUUUGGAAAGCAGCUUGCCACUUUACCCUUGUGGUAUAAAGUAUUACACAUUUUAGUCCAUUUGAAAAGUCCAUCUACUGUAUUAUUACUCGAUAUUUUGUUUUUGCUAAGGGACAAUUAUUUUAAAACCAAGUGGAUUUUUUUUUGUUUUGUUUUUUUAAUGAUUUUUCUACAUUGCUGCAGAGGAUGAUGUUGGUGACUUGCCAGAGAGAAGCAGUACAGUCUGUCUACUUUGGCUUUUGUUAUUUAUCUUGCCUGCGGAUACCAGGAAUGUAUGCGUAUGUAAAAUGCUUGAUUAUAUAUUUUUGUUGAGUUUUUAAAAUAAAGUCUUGUAAAAAAAUCAA